AUGGAGGGGAUUUUCAACAGCAAGAGUCUUUAUGAGUAUCUCGAGGAGCAGAAGCAAGCGGGCAUAUCAAAGACCAAGGAGAUAUCUCUGUAUUACAAGGCAACAUCAAAGAGUGUGGGUGACGACGAGUAUUCGCUAAGAAUAUGGCUGGACUACAUCCGGCUACUCAUGGACGGGACAAAGGAUGUGACGGAGGCCAGAGAGACAUUCAAGAUGAUAAAGAUGAGGUUCUGCAAGUUCUACAACUACUGGGAGGCCUAUGUCCGAUUUGAGAUUGAGGCUGGAAACGGGAGUCUCUGUAAGAUCUUGCAGCACAGCAUUGAUUUUGUCAAGGUCAAGGAGUUCACCGAAAAGAAGAGAGUGCUGGAGUAUUUAGAGUGUGUGAUGUCCUAUGCCCGAAAUGGAGAGGACCUGUCUGUAUUUUGCAGAGGCCCCGAGACGAGCUUUAAGCCAGGUGCUCAGGUCCUCAGUCCUUUUGAGGCCAGGAUCGGAGAACAAUCGAAAAACAAGGUUUUGAAAAAAGAGCACGAGGAGUCAGGGCCUGGGCAUAGAGACGAUGGAAAGAACCUCUUGUCCAGGAGCGGCAGGGCCCAUCUCGCACCCGAUGAAUGCAAGGAGAACGACAACAAGAACAGAGCUCGGGAAGAUGGAGCGUCUCUGUCGCCUAGUUUCGCGGCGAAGUCCAAAAAUUGUGGGGCCACUUUUGGAACGAUACCCAUUAGGUUUGAGAAGGAAGACUACUCUCAGGGAAUAACGAUGGAAAUAAAUGCAGCCUUGGGGAGGACAAGCCCCGAGGGAAGCAACUCAUCCCCAAGGUCCGGGGCAGUGCGAUCCAGAGAGAGGAUAAUAAUCAAAGGAAGAGAGAUCGAGAUUCUCAAGCAGAUAGGGAAGGGAGGAAGUAGUAAGGUGUACAAGGUUCUUUUUGGGAGCAACGUGUAUGCCUUGAAAAGAGUCGAGCUGAUUGGAGAUGAAAAGAUGCUCAGCUCCUACAUUAACGAAAUAAACCUACUGUAUAAGUUCAAAGGGACAUCGGAGAUAGUCGAGAUUAUAGACCACGAGGUGGGUGAAGACUACCUACACAUCCUACUGGAAUAUGGAGAGACGGACCUGUCGAAGAUCAUAAGGAAAGGAGGCUUAAGCAUGAACUUCAUCAAGGAUGUAUGGGAGCAAAUGCUUCUGAUAGUAAAGAGGGUUCACAUUGAAAGGAUUAUUCACUGCGAUCUUAAACCAGCAAACUUUCUGUUUGUCAAGGGACGCGUCAAGCUCAUAGACUUCGGAAUAUCCAAGGUCAUAAGAAAUGACACAACCAGCAUUUUGUCCGAGGAGCAAUGCGGGACUGUAAACUACAUGUCGCCAGAGGCUGUCACUCAGAACAAGUCCAAAGUUGCCCGUAGCUCUGACAUCUGGUCUCUGGGAUGCAUUUUGUAUGAGAUGGUCCACUCGAAUCCUCCCUUGCACGAGUACCCCAAUCUGAUCCAGAAGAUACAGAGGCUCCAGGAGUACUCCGAGUUUAAGUACACAAGCAAGAACAAGGCUGCAGUCAUGGUUAUGAAGGAAUGUUUAGCCAGAGACCCGAAGAAGCGGCCGACCAUAGAUAAUCUCCUUAACCACAGGUUUCUUACUGGGGAAAUGUGUCUGGAAUCUCUUCGGGAGUUAGUCGAAAAGAUCCUUAAAAUCGAUGGAGGAGACAGAGUCGAUCCUGAGCAUGUUGACAGGAUAGCUGAGCAGCUUCACUCCACUCAUAGGCAGGACCAGGCGUGA